AUGUCGAGCGCCUUAUUUAUCGAAUGGUGUGAUGGCAGCAAGGUCGGUCCCCAGUAUAAUGUUCUCAAAGCCAUACACACUGCCGCCGCCGCUUGGGACAACGUUGGAAGUAUUUGUAUUGCCAACUGUUUUAGUAAUGCCGGUUUCUCGUUGUCUUUGAAUCCCAACAAUGACUUCAACGCGGUAGAUUAUAUGCCACUUUCAAGCUUUGUACCUUUAUCCGCAUCUUUAGCUCAGGACUCCGACGACAACAUUCUGCUGACAGAUCUCACCCAAAGACUGACGCCCGCAGGAAUUACUUUCACCGACUUCGUGAAAGCUGACACUGAUCUCAUCGUGACGGAAGAAAUGGCGGACAAUGACAUUGUAACUGAGCUUCUACAGAAGAAGAAUCAUCACACAGAGUCUAGCUCCGAUUCGGAGCCGGACGAAAAACCACCAACACUACGUGACAUCGCCUCGACGGUCGAAAUCAUUCGUCGCGGACGCAAAAGAAUAUCAGCGAAAACGAUUUUCUCAACUGAGUGA